AUGUCGAAACGCCUCUGCACAUCACUCCUCCACGCGCCGCAGCGAUCGCAAGCCUCACUGCCACGAUGCAGUAUCCACAGCACCUUCUGCAUCCGCCGCGAUGACCUCCACCACCGACAGUUCCCAUCAACACGACCAUUCACCUCUUCGACACGAUGCACUUCCGGCCCAAGCGCAAUACGCGGAAUGCAAGGGCGAAAGCAGUCGCAGCCGUCCAUGGCUGUCCAGAUGAAAGAGAAGCAAAAGUCGGCUCAACGCGAUGGCUCAAUGCUUGAACACCUGGGAUUCCUUCCCGACACCUUCGUCUCACCCACCGGCAAGAACCUCCCCUCCUGGUUCACAAGUCCCAAAGACCGCUGGAAAGUCCAGAAACUCAAGCUGUGGAAUACAUUCUACUACUUAGCAAGCCACUACAUGGCCUGGUGGAUGGUCACGCCACGCGUGAAGCUCGAGCGGCGCAAACUCCCCGAGCUCAGCAAGAAGCUCUACGAGGAAAUGUACACCCACUUCGCAGCCGGCAACCUCCAAGCCAUCGAACCCAUCCUCAGCGCCGGCAUGCUGGGCUCCCUCCGCUCCCGCAUCGGCCAGCGCACCCCCAACACAGGCCUCCAAUGGACCCUUCACAGAUACCUCUCGCACCCCAGGGUGGUAUCCUACCGCUUCCAAAUCCUCCCCGACGGCGCCAAGACCGAAAAGAACGCUUUCGCCCAAGCCGUCGUGCAGAUCCGCUCGCUGCAGUCUCUCUGCAAGACGCGCCGGCUUCGCGUGAUCAAUAACGAGACGAGGCGGGGGUAUAUUAAGGAGGCGGUUUUCGAUGAGCAGGGGAAUAUGAUCCAGGAUAAAGAUGUGGAGGCGCAUAAGAGGAAGAUUGCGAAGGUCACAACGGAGUAUUUGGUGGUGCAGAGGUUUGUGAAGCUUUCGAGGCCGGGGGAGUGGCAUGUUUGGGGGACGGUGCCGGAAACGAGGAUGGAGGAUAUAAGGGGCAAGGAGAGGGAGAAUGAGAGGGAGUUGAUGAGUAAGGUGUAA